AUGGGAACCGAAACUGACAUCGUUGCGAGAUUCGAUAUUCAUCUCGAUGCUGGAGAGGAGCCAGUUUUCAAAGGUGGCGAAUUGAUUACCGGUAAAUUGCUCAUCGAGUUGCGCAAACCUAUUAUCAUCAAUGCUGUCAAAUUGCAAAUGAAGGGACGAGCCGCUUGGUUGAACGAUCCAUUGAAAAAGGAUGAUAUUGAAAAGGUCUACUUCGACCAAGACUUCACACUUCUCGAGCGUCCACCAGGCAAACCAGAGCCAGGACACUUCCAAUGGAUUGGAGACUUCACAUACAGUCUUCCAUUCGAAUGCCCAUUGCCAAAAGGGUGUCCAAGCACCUAUGAAGGACCACAUGCAUUCAUCAGAUACUUCAUUCGUGCCAGUUUGGUUCAGGAAGACGAGUUUGAGAAGAUUCACGAGUACUACGUGAAAAAGGCGUUCACCUUGGUGUCCCCAUCAGAGGGUCAUAUUGUCAGUGGAGAGUCUGCACAGACCGAGGACACCGCUAUUCUUGGAAAAUGCUGCUGCAAAUCAAAAUUGGCUGCAGAACUAUCACUUCCAAAAACUGGAUACUUGCCAGGAGAGGCGAUCUAUGGAAACUUGAAGAUUGGAAGCAAGCAUCCAAAAGAUAUUCUCAAUCAUAUGGAAGCCAGAUUAGUCGACCGUGUCCGUCGCAUCGGCGCUCCAGAAAUCUCAGCCGCGUCUCCAUGGCGAACACUGUUCGUCCGAAAGCUUGAGUCCACCCAUGAAUCACCAAACAAGGCAAAAGGAGCCAUCGAGCAGAGCGGAUUAUUCCUUCUGACAGUCCCACCAGUCUGUCCAAGCACAAAAGGAGACUAUGAGGACCCGAGUAAGAUUGAGCACAUCUUGAGCCCAUACGGAAAGCUUUUGGAGAGCCCAUCGACCGCCACUCUUCGCUUCCGGAAGAUUCCAUUCUUAAAGAUUGAAUAUGGAAUUCAAGUCACUCUGGGAACAGACAUCGUUUUGGAAAUUCCAAUCGAAAUUGGAGAGCUCUCCACCAGAGAUAAGAGCAACACAUUGGAAUCAUUUGUGACUGGACCACAACCAGUAGAGGAAGCUGACGAGAAGGGAAAGAUUGCAGUCAAUGGACCAUUUGUCUACACGCCAGUCUACCCAUAUCCACAAAGUACUGGAACUAAUGGAAAGGCAGCUGCGGUAUCAAUUAUCAACACUGGACCAGCCCUUCCAAUCAGUGAAUACGAGCCAGAUAGAACUAUUGUCACCACCACUCGCACCAUUGUCACCCACUCUGAUGGACAUGAGUCAAAGACCAUGGAGGAGACAGUUGUGGAAACGGAAGGAGAAGUUGUGAGAACUGUACUUGAGAGCACUGUCAACGAUGAUGGAAUCAAGAGUGAGAGAAAGGAGACGACUACGAUAGACGCUUCUGGCGACGAGAAGACAUCGGUGGAGACAUCGAACACGCGUGUUGCCGAGAGUGAAGAGCUCCCGGAAGUUAUCAAAGAAGCACGGGAGAGAAUCGAGGAGUUGGUAGAGCAUCAAACGGAGCACUCCCCAGUCAAGGCAUCUGCUGCCGAACCAACAGUGGAGACAAUUCAAAACGAGAAUGGAGAGGAAACCAUCGUCUCAACGGAAGUCAUUGAAGAUGGAGACACCAGAACUGUGAAGACGACGACCGUCACGAAGCAUGCAGAUGGCUCGGAGUCGACUCUUGUACAGGAGAACACCACCAGCGAGACUGUCACAACAACGGUGCUUGAGGACUAG